UCGUGACAUGACCCAUUUUCCAUCGUUCUGCCGAGAAUCUAUCCUUUAUCUUUGUCUAACUUCUUCUUUAAAUCGGGGAGAGAGAGGAGAGGCACAGGAAUCACGUGACUGACACCGCUUCGCAGUGACUCCAACUGGUUUCCGUUAUAUUCUGGGAAGAUGGUCAGAGAAGUCGCUCAGAAUAGGGGCAGGGUUUUGUCGUUUAUAAUACAGAAAAUGUCGUUGUAAGCAUGUUUGCAUUGAAGCGCUAAACAAACUCUCCAAGGCGACCUCCAGAAUGCGCCAGUCGUCGUAGAGUGUUAAAAUGGCCAUCAUCAGGGAAUUGAAAGUCUGUCUUCUUGGGGAUACGGGAGUGGGGAAGUCCAGUAUUGUGUGCCGCUUCGUGCAGGACCAUUUCGACCACAACAUCAGCCCCACUAUCGGGGCGUCCUUCCUGACCAAGACGGUUCCGUGUGGAAAUGAGCUGCACAAAUUCCUCAUCUGGGAUACAGCCGGACAGGAGAGGUUCCACUCCCUGGCCCCCAUGUACUACAGGGGAUCUGCCGCAGCCGUCAUCGUUUAUGACAUCACAAAACUGGACUCGUUCCAGACGUUAAAGAAAUGGGUUAAGGAGCUGAAGGAGCAUGGCCCGGAGAACAUCGUCGUGGCGAUAGCGGGCAACAAGAACGACCUGGGAGACAUACGGGAGGUGCCCAUGAAGGAGGCGAAGGACUUUGCGGAGUCUAUCGCGGCAAUCUUCAUCGAGACGAGCGCCCGCAACGCCGUCAACGUGGAGGAACUCUUCCAGAAGAUCAGUGAGUCUCUCGCCCUCCCGGAACACACCCAACACAGUCGCCAGAUUCCUCCUCUUGACAACCCGGAAGGUGACAGUGACGAGUCCUUCAAGCUGACGCGCCAAGCCGCCCCCUCCACACGACGCUGCUGCUAAGCAACAACACACACACACACACACACACACACACACACACACACACACACACACACACACACACACACACACACACACACACACACACACACACACACAGUAGUGCAUGGUCAGCCGUCCAGUACCAUUGAAAAACACACACACACACACACACACACACACACACACACACACACACACACACACACACACACACACACACACACACACACACACACACACACACACACACACCAGGGCCUGACAUUAACUUUUUGGCUGGCUGGCUUCUGUGGUUAGCACUGUAGUUUCCCCAAGUCACUAGCCAUUCAGUUAUUCUACUUGCCACAAAUUUGAUAUCAUUUAUUUUUCUUUUUUAUCGUUACAUUCGUGCAAAAGCAAGAAGAUGAAUGCACAGCUUUCUACAUAAAAUAUGAAAGAAAUUAAAAAAAUAUAGACUGAGUAACUGAGCUUUUUCUUGAACAUAAAUACAAACAAUUGAUACACAAGGGGCAAAGUCCAGAAGGCUAUGCUGAUAUGUCAUAUUAUAGAAAUGACACUGAAUUUGUUACCAGCCACAGCCCAGUUUUACCAGCUUUUGGUCGGUUUUCCGGUGCCAGUGUCAAGCCCUGACACACUCAUAUACAUACACACACGCACACACACACCCACACACACACACACACGCUUGUAUACCACCCAGGCUAUACCGUCUCUACAGGACAAUGUGGGAUUUUGGUGAAUUAAUUUCAACUGCAACUCGCAAAUUCAAAGCAGCUUUGCUCAAUUUGUUUUCAGUG